AUGGCCAGUAACUCGUGGAAUACAAAGUCCAAAUUGCCUACGCCCGGAGCGUCUCUGAAAAUUACCCCUGCUAAUUCACCCAUCCUGAGACCUGGCACACGCUCGCCUAAUAAACCCUCACCGCAUCAGUCCAUUCUAUCCCUACAGACGGUGAUUGGAACGACCACCACUACUCCCAAUGGCUUCUCUUCACACGAAACCAGCAGAUCUUUUGCCCUGUGCGUGGGAUCUGCGGCGAUAUUAGCAGAUAUCGACCCAGAUGGGACGGUCAAUCAACGUUUCUUCCGCGCUCGUCCCACCGCCUCUCCGGUAAACCCGGUCGUCUCAUUUUACAAUCAUCCUACGAGUCCUACAACGCCAGAUAACCGCGUCAGGUCGAUUGCUAACAGACUAGGGGCUAGCGGAGGACCAUCCCCUGGUGGCGAUUGCGCGGACUCCAGUGGUUCUCGCACAUGGACAUCGCGCGAAAGAAUAAAAGCGGUCACAAGUGUUGCUAUCAGUCCCAAUGGGAGAUUCUUGGCCGUUGGAGAGACCGGUUAUAAUCCCCGCGUAUUGAUCUUCUCUACAGCUCCUGAUGCGCCCCGCGAUGUCCCUCUAACAGCCUUGACGGAGCAUACCUUUGGCGUGCGCAGCCUCGCCUUCAGUUCCAAUUCACAAUAUCUAGCGACUCUAGGAGACAUGAAUGAUGGCUUUCUCUUUGUUUGGGCAAUCAACUUGCGGACUGGUGUCGCAAAACUACAUUCGACGAACAAAUGCACGUCAUUCAUUCGUGACAUGUGCUGGAUAGGUCAAACACUAAUCACUGCCGGCAUUCGCCAUGUCAAAGUUUGGAGACUCGAUGGACAGCCCGGAUCGCCUUCCAAACUGCGUCCCAACAGUGAAAACUACACGAAUGGCUCUAGUAAUCCGAAAGCUUUGUCUGGACGCAAUUGCCUCUUGGGUUCGCUCGGUGAACACACGUUCACCUGCAUUGCUAGUGUAUCGGAAAAUGAAGCUAUUCUCUGCACAGAUGGCGGCGCUAUCUGUUUGCUUGACGACGGUGAAGGUGCUCAGAAAUUGACAAUUGUGAAAUAUGCGCCCUUCGGGCUUACUUCCGUUGCGUUCGCGCCCGAUUCUGGCAUUGUCUGGCUAGGUGGCCGAGGAAGGAAAUCUUUGAAGCUAAAAAUGGAAGACAUACGCGAAUGGCUCAAGCCUGGAUCACCAACUCCUACUUCUCCGCUUGAGAAUCAGAAUAUGAAAGUUACAGUAGACUCUACGAGAGCUAUUCACGUUUGUCCUGCCGAUGUCUUUGGAAACGGCAAUGAUGACGAUGAUACUUUCAAAAAUAGUCAGGUUCCAGCCCAUCGAGACCCGGUCCUGGGUGUUAGACCACUGAAAAGGCCAAAUAUGUACGAGGCCGACUUUUUCACAUGGUCAUGCGAGGGUUCUGUGAAUUUCUGGAACAUGCAGGGCAAAUGUCAAGCAUCAAAGAAAGUCGAACUUGAACAAUUGGCAUCAGGCGAAGACGAGGCAGCCAAUGAACUUAAAGUCCUUCGGGUAGCAGAGGAUGCCGAUAAUUAUGUGUCCGGUGAUCGCUACGGUGUGCUUAAAAUAUUUUCCGCGAAUCCCUGGAAAUGCGUGAAUGAAGUGCGAGCUCACGGUGCUGAAAUCACCGACAUUGCCAUUCACUGCACAACACCAUGUCUGAGUCUGGUUGCAAGCUCUGGUCGAGAUCGUAUGGUUCAGCUUUUCAAGAAGACUGAGGACGCCUUUGAAUUAAUUCAGACAAUGGAUGAUCAUGUCGGGGCUGUUGUUCAAUUGCUUUUCAUGAAUGAUGGAGAGCGCCUUCUAUCCUGUUCUGCCGAUCGAACGGUGAUUGUUCGGGAAAAAGCUACUCGAGAUACUGAAACGUCCACUGUAAUUGCAUUUCUCAUGUGCAAGGUCAUCACUCUGAAGGUCUCGCCGCUGUCAAUGACCAUCGCCCCCGACGACCCAGAUAUUCUUGUGAUUUCAACUAUUGACCGUCACAUACAACGAUUUGACGUUGGUUCUGGACGACAUAUCCACUCAUUCAAGGCUAUUGAUUUUGAGUCCAACGACGCUGUCGUGAUGAGCUCUCUCACUGUAGCUAGCGAAAUACCCGGGCAAAGCCCCCGUAUCCUGGUUGGCGUGUCAACUACUGACAAGUCUAUCAGGGUCUACGACUUUGAGCGAGAUGGAUUAUUAACCAAAGAAUUUGGGCACUCGGAAGGUGUCAGUGACGUUAUCUUGUUGGAGCGGCCGAAGAGCAGCACCACGAAAGAGGUGAGCCGUGUUUUGGUCAGCACUGGCCUUGACGGAGUGGUGAUGAUCUGGGAUCUGUCAAUUCAACAGCAACAGGCCCAGGAACUUUCACAAGGCAAUAUCCGCGAGGAAGAUGAGACCCCGUCAAAGGAACUGGUUGCUGCCAAGCCUCCACUUCGUCGAAUCCUCUCAAGAUCCGAACUUGCCGGAUUUCGCCAGGAUGGUCUUGUGGCAACGCCCACCCCUGUUCGUGAGCAAUCGCCUCCUCGUAUACGCAAGAAAGUCUCUCGGUAUACACUUGCUCCAUCUUUACCGAGAAAUAUGAGUUCUUCACGCGGUGAUUCACCGCCACCACAGCUACCACAUCUUCCUAAUAUUCGCCGAUCUCCUAUUCCCAUCCUCGACUCAAGGAGAUCUCCUUCUCCCCCUAGUCCUAAAACCAAGCUUUUGAACGGCGCCAAUCGUCGUUCAAGUAUAAAUAGCCUUCGCCAAUCAUCAUCUAUUGAUUUUCGAUCGUCACGUGUUAAGACCUCAGGGCCAAGCGAGUUCGGUAGUCUCAACAUGUCCACGGAGCAGGUCUGCCGGACGUUACGAGCCUACCGAAAGAAGCUACACAGCUCAACCCAAUACCCCCGAUACGCCAAAGAGCUAGAUCGAGAACUUAACCUAACUAUUCAUGCACUGGGUGAGCGCGCAGCGAGAAAUAGCUCUAGCCCAGAUACCGAGAUGGACAGCAGUGAGAAAGAGAACAAAGAGAACAAUAAAAACAAACGCAGCAGCAAUAACACCACCAUAAACAAAAAGCAAGACAUCGUCGCUUCUCCUUCCCUGGCACCAAGUGCUAAAUUAACAAAAAUCGCGAGACGCGUGCCGUCUACACCACUACUGUCAACGAGAUCAGGAGCCAGACAAGUCUCGAGGAGUCGUUCUCUAGAUGCUGAUGGCGAGGGUUGA